AUGACAAUGAAAUGGGAUGCUGUGGUGUUGACUGCUUGUGAUCUGAAUCAAAAGGAGGCUUUUGAAAAUCAACUCGCUGAUCUAAGCGAUCAACUGAAUCAGUUUGCUGAGCGAUUUUUCGUUUUCGAAGAUCAACCGUCAAAUAUUCGAAUUGGAUCCGGUGGGGCGACACAGUUGGCGUUGGAUAGACUCAACAGCGAAUUAACCGAAUCCAAAUUCAUCCAGUCUCGUAUUGUCAUCAUACAUUCUGGUGGUCUAAGUCAACGUAUGCCGAGUGCAUCUGCACUGGGCAAAGUAUUUCUG